CCCUCCGAAGUCCCUGCAGCAAGCACCGGAGGGAGGAAGCUAUCAGCCAGGCAUAACCAAGAACGCCAUCACCAUGACAACCAGUCACCAGCCUCAGGACAGGUACAAAGCCGUCUGGCUUAUCUUCUUCAUGCUGGGUCUGGGGACGCUGCUGCCCUGGAAUUUUUUCAUGACAGCCACUGCGUAUUUCACAAACCGCCUGGACACGUCCCAGAAUGCGUCCUUGGUCCCUGCUGAACCGAGCAAGGACAUCCAGGCUUCGGCCAGCCCCUCAGCACCCUUGCCAGAGCGGAACUAUCUCAGCGCCAUCUUCAACAACGUCAUGACCUUAUGUGCCAUGCUGCCCCUACUGCUGUUCACCUGCCUCAACUCCUUCCUGCAUCAGAGGAUCCCCCAGUCUGUGCGGAUCCUGGGCAGCCUGGUGGCCAUCCUGUUGGUGUUCCUGGUCACUGCCAUCCUGGUGAAGGUGCCCCUGGAUGCUACACCCUUCUUUGUCAUCACCAUGGUCAAGAUCAUGCUCAUUAACUCGUUCGGUGCCAUCCUGCAGGGCAGCCUGUUUGGCCUGGCCGGCCUCCUGCCCGCCAGCUACACAGCCCCCGUCAUGAGUGGUCAGGGCCUGGCAGGCUUCUUUGCCUCUGUGGCCAUGAUCUGCGCCAUUGCCAGUGGCUCGGCGCUGUCGGAAAGUGCCUUCGGCUAUUUUAUCACAGCCUGUGGGGUUAUCAUUUUGACGAUCGCCUGUUAUCUGGGCCUGCCGAGUCUGGAAUUCUACCGCUAUUACCAGCAACUCAAGCUCGAAGGGCCUGGGGAGCAGGAGACCAAGCUGGACCUCAUUAGCAAAGAUCCUUCUACAACCUGUCACCCCCCAGGAGAGGAGUCAAAAGCAGGCCAAGAGGAGGCUGGAGUUUCAACCCCCAACUCUCAGCCCGCCAACGAAAGCCACUCUGUCUGCGCCAUCCUCAAAAACAUCAUAGUCCCGGCUCUCUCCGUCUGCUUCGUCUUCACCAUCACCAUUGGGCUGUUUCCUGCCGUGGCUGCUGAGGUCAAGUCCAGCAUUGCGGGCACCAGUGCCUGGAGAGACUACUUCAUUCCUGUGUCCUGUUUCUUGACUUUCAAUAUCUUUGACUGGCUGGGCCGGAGCCUCACAGCCUUCACCAUGUGGCCUGGGAAGGACAGCCGCUGGCUGCCGAUCCUGGUGCUGGCCCGGCUGGCCUUCGUGCCCCUGCUGCUGCUGUGUAACGUCCAUCCCCGCCACAACCUGGCUGUGGUCUUUGAGCACGAUGCCUGGUUCAUCUUCUUCAUGGCUGCCUUCGCCUUCUCCAACGGCUAUCUCGCCAGUCUCUGCAUGUGCUUUGGGCCCAAGAAAGUGAAGCCAGCCGAGGCAGAGACAGCUGGAGCCAUCAUGGCCUUCUUUCUGUCUCUGGGCCUGGCGCUGGGGGCUGUCUUCUCCUUCCUGUUCCGGGCAGUCGUGUGACCGAGGAUGGAUGGAAGGAAGGAUGGCACCGGCUGCCUGCUCCUGCUUUCCUUCUGCUUCAGGGGUGGGCAGGGGUCCUCGAGGUUUUCUCUUCUAGCCGACUUCUGCUGUCUCACGGCCAGUGCUGGGCCCAGCAUCCAGGCCUGGAGGAGAGAGCCUCUGAGGAUGGACGGUGGGGACAUUGUGGGCCUGAUGGUCAGAGUUGAGGGAGGGGACACGGCCUCUGUGUCUGUUCAUGUGUCCCCCCCCGUCCCCCCGCACUUGGCUCUGAUUGAUCCCUGCCUGGCAGAGCAGCAGAGGCUCCUAGUCUCAGAGAGUGUGUGUGUCAUGUGUCUACCUGUUUGCCUGUACCAGGGGUGGCUAGGGGCCAGAACUGCUUGUUCGGAAGUCUGAUAUUUCUGCCCCCUUCUCCCCAUGUGCCUCUUCCCCCCACCUCUCCAUGUUCUUGCCCAUCAUGAACCCUGUACAGUUGCCAUUUUACUGCCUUUUUUUUUUUUUUACACUCAAACCAGAUGCCUUCAAAGGCUCUCUGAUUAAAUAAACUUUUUUUUUUUUUGUUGCCCCUGCUCCAUGGCUC